CUCGCCGUCGCAAUCGGACAUGGCGGCGACGUCGCCAGUCAUGCUCGUAACCGGCGGCAGCCGAGGCAUCGGUGCCGCAAUCUGCCGCCGCGCUGCAGCCGCCGGCUACAACGUCAUCAUAAAUUUCUCCGGCCGUUCCGACGCGGCAGAGACGACCGCCGCCGCUGUCCGUGCGGCUGGGCAGCGAGCGCUGACGGUCCAAGGGAACAUGGGCCAAGAGGAGGACAUUCGCGCGCUAUUUUCCGCCGCACAUCGGGAAUUUGGAAAAUUGGACGUGCUGGUCAACAACGCCGGCAUCACCGGAGGGAAGAGCCGCGUCGAGGAUGUGGACAGGCACACCCUCGAGCAAGUAGCCGCCGUCAACAUCGUCGGCCCCGUCCUGUGCUCGCGCGAAGCGGUGCGACGCAUGUCAACGCGCCGCGGCGGCAGCGGCGGCGUGAUCAUCAACGUGUCUUCUCGCGCCGGGGCGCUCGGCGGUGGCGGCGAGUGGAUCCACUACGCGAUGUCAAAAGGCGCGCUGGAUACGUUGACGCGCGGUCUCGCCGUCGAGUGCGCCGAGGACGGAAUCCGCGUCGCCGGCGUCGCCCCGGGAAUCAUCGACACUGACCUGCACGCAGAUGCCGGAGACCCUGAGCGAGCCGCCCGGAUGGCGGGUGGCAUUCCGCUGAAGCGGCCCGGGUCGCCGGAGGAAGUGGCCGACGCCGUCGUCUGGCUGGCGACCGACGCCGCGUCCUAUGUCACCGGUGCCACCCUCGACGUCGCGGGCGGUCGUUAGAAUGCGUCGGCUAGAGUGGAGAGAGUGAGGCUGAUGUAUCAGGAAAAAGAAAAAAGAAAA